CGCUACCGCCUUAUUGUUCGCCAACAACCUGAACAGGGCCGGGCAGGCACAUUCGGCAGCAAAGAACGCCGGCCGCUCGACCCCCUUCCGAUUGUUCAACUCGAGAUCUUUGACAAAUAUGGUAAUCUGGACCUGCUCGGCUCUGGAAGCCCAAACCUCGUCAUGCAGGUUUCAGCCCUUCCAGUGCCAAUCGAAGAGGCGCAGGAAGAGGUAACACUGGAGGACAAAGGAGGAGGCGAGAGUGUAGAAGGCAUGAAGCAGGAAAAAGGCAAGACAUUGGCACGGGCUAGCCUUGGAAAGCAGGGACAGACCGUCAUGCAACGCGUGCUGGAGGGCAAGGUGACGUCGUCGGCCCACGUCGCCUUCGACACUGACGGGAGCCGAGCAUGCUUUUUCAUCUUCAGUGACCUCAGCUUGAGGAUCGAAGGGACAUUCAAGCUUGUUUUCUCACUGGUCAGGCUCGGCAUGGGGUCCGGGGCGCGAACAUCCGUCGGCAAGAUAGUAGCUACUGUCAGCUCAGAUGCAUUCAAGGUCUACUCGCCGAGAGAGUUUCCGGGCGUGGCUCAAUCCACGGAUUUGGCGAAAUGCCUCGCAAACCAGGGCGUGCAGAUUCCCAUUCGGAACGAAGCAAGGAGAGGAGGCAGCGCGGCCGGUCGACACAUUUCUUAA